GAGGCGGCGGGGACGGGCGGGCGGCAGCCGGGGCCGCACCGGGCUCGCCAUGGACUACUCCUACCUCAACUCCUACGAGUCCUGCGUGGCCGCCAUGGAGGCGAGCUACGAGUUCAGCCCCUGCAGCCAAGCGGGCUCCUUCCAGUACAGCCCCAUGCGGGGGGGCUUCGGGCCUGCGCCCGCCUGCGCCCCCCUCGCCUCCGCCAGCUGCGCCCUGGGUGCCCUCCGCGACCACCAGCCCUCGCCCUACUCGGCAGUUCCCUACAAAUUCUUCUCGGACCCGUCGGGGAUCAACGAGAAGCGGAAGCAGCGGCGGAUCCGGACGACAUUCACCAGCUCCCAGCUGAAGGAGCUGGAGCGGGUCUUUGCCGAGACUCACUACCCCGACAUCUACACCCGCGAGGAGCUGGCCCUCAAGAUCGACCUCACCGAGGCACGGGUGCAGGUGUGGUUCCAGAACCGUCGAGCCAAAUUCCGCAAGCAGGAGCGCGCGGCCAAUGCCAAGGGGGCCAGCGGCACCGGCAGCACCGGGAAGAAAUCGGAGCCACGCUCUUCCUCAGAAGACGACGAAUCCAAGGAAUCCAACUGCAGCCCGACUCCAGACAGCACGGCGUCCCUGCCUGCCGCUGCCAUCGGCAGCCCCGGCGGCAGCCUGAGCCCCAGCCCCGGCACGGGGGCACCCCUGGGACCCGGCCAUGCCCCCCAGCCCCUCAAGGCACCCCUCUGGGCAGGGGUGGGGGGCGGCAGCGGUGCCCCCAACACGGCCGAGCUGCUGAAGGCCUGGCAGCCCACCGAGGCUGUGCCGGGACCCUUCUCCGGUGUCCUCUCCUCCUUCCAUCGGAAACCAAACGGCAUCAAGACAAACCUCUUCUGAUCGCUAAAUCACCGGAUCCGGCUGCCCCAGAACCCCCCUCGGCCCCCAUCCUGCACCCUCCACCCACCGCCCCCACCACGGAGCCAGCCACGACGCUUCAGCAAACGGGGAGAGGGAGCAGGGACCGCCCCCUGCCACCUCCCGGACCCUGCGCUGAUGGGGCUGACCCGGAGUGGGGGCAGCUCCCAGCGACACCCGUGGGUGCUGUGGGACCAUGGGGGUGCAAGGCGGGGACACCACCCCCGUGCUCAGCCAGCGUGGCCCUGGCAGAGCCUUCGGGUCUGGGGGCUCCCCCUGCACUCCAGGGGUGGGGGCAGAUGUGGGGCUCCCCACAGCACUGCGGGUGCUCCAGCAUCGCCCCAGGAGACGCCCCCUUCCAUGGUCUGUGCCGCUGGGCUGGGGGCGAGGAAGCACUUUAUGGGCGGGCCUCUGGGCUCCAUGGGCUGGGCAGUGCCGGGCAGUUCGCUACGGAGACGCCCCUUGGUGCGGGGAGGAGUUGAUUUCCCCCAGAUCCCGCCUGCUGACAUGGAUUCCGCUCCGGCAGAAAAGCAGACACCCAUCCCCAGCCCCGAAGACUGUGGGCAGUAAAUGCGGCGCUGGGAGGUUCAGCGCUCGCCUGCAUUGCUGCAGGCGCUGCCAGCGGGGACAGGGCGCCAGAGCUGCUGGGAGUGAGGUGGCCCCCUCGGAGUGGGUGCUGCGGGAUGGACCCCUGGCUGUGGAACGGACCCCUGGCGCAGCCAGUGGGAUGGCUCGGAGUAGCCACGACCCCUUGCCCGCAGCAGGGUGGGUGCUCCCACUGAAACUGGCACGGGUGCAGUGGGACCCCCGCACACCCCCGUGACCUCCCCAAGAGUUCCCGUGGGUGCUGGUCGUGCCCAGCCACCCACGACACCCGUGCUGCUGUGCUGGUGGGUUUCAUGGCAUGGUGAGGAUGCUGGCAGCCCAUCCAUGGAUCCCUGUUCCCCCUGUAUCCCUCCCAGCACCCUCGAGGUGGGUUGGUUCCCCACUUUUCUUUCGUUUUUUUUUUAACCAUUCUGUAAUUUAUUACCCAUGUUUGCAAAUGCCACUAAUCCAAAUUAAACUUAAUUUAUUGACA